CUGUGGGCGGCGCGGAGCGGAGCUUGGGCCGGGCGGAGCUGAGAAACCCGCACACAGCAGCGCGUCUCGCCGGCUGCGCGACCCGCGGCAUGGCAGCCAAGUGCCCCCGGUGCGCCAAGGCCGUCUACUUCGCCGAGAAAGUGACCUCUUUAGGCAAGGACUGGCACAAGUUCUGUUUGAAGUGCGAGCGCUGCAACAAGACCCUGACCCCCGGGGGCCAUGCUGAGCAUGACGGGAAGCCCUUCUGCCACAAGCCGUGCUAUGCAACAUUGUUCGGACCAAAAGGUGUGAAUAUUGGUGGAGCUGGCUCCUAUAUCUAUGAGAAGCCUCAGAUGGAAGAGCAGCCGGCUCCUGGGCCCAUUGAGCAUGUUUCGAAGGUAGAAGAGAAGAAAGUGAGUGGCCCACCGAAGGGGCCCAGCAGAGCCUCCAGUGUCACCACCUUCACCGGGGAGCCCAACAUGUGCCCGCGCUGCGGCAAAAAAGUCUACUUCGCUGAGAAGGUGACUUCUCUGGGGAAGGACUGGCACCGCCCCUGCCUGCGCUGCGAGCGCUGCGGCAAGACUCUGACCCCUGGCGGCCACGCGGAGCACGACGAGCAGCCGUACUGCCACAAGCCCUGCUACGGGAUCCUCUUUGGGCCAAAGGGAGUGAACACUGGAGCUGUUGGAAGUUACAUCUACGAUAAAGACCCCGAAGCAAAGGACCAGCCCUAAGGAGCUUGCUGCCUCCCUCCUGCCUGCCCGCCUGACACAGGCCACUCACACUGCUCCCUCUUUCCUCAGCUCCCUUCUGUAGAAGUAGCUUAGCUCCAGGACGGCCAAGCCGUGCACUGGAGCAGCCCUGAGCCUGGCUGGCCACAGAGCUGUGCUCCCUGCUGUUUGUAUUCUGGGUGGGGCGGUCCCGCCCUCGGGAUUUUAUAAUAUAAUAUAAGCUUUGAUGUUAAAGACAGAAGUAGAAAGUGUCUCCAGUUGCUCCCAAUGUGCCUGACUCUCCUGAGCUCUCCCAUGGGGUUCCUUGUCCCUCAGGCCCUCAGCCCCCUGCCAGCCAUGGGAUGGAGGCUUCCUGGGCAUGACUGGUAUGCACCCGGCAUCGCAGUUCAUGGUAGCCUCUCCAAGCGAGCCCGUCGGCAAGCCCUGGAUGAUGUGCAGCCAGUGCAGGCUCAUGCUGCGCUGUAGGCUGGGGCAAGCUCAGUCCCAGAUCAUCCAUAUCUAACAGCAGCUCCUUUCACCGCUGCGGUUCCAGUCUCAAGCAGGAGGACAGGGCCCACUCCCCCCGGUAACAUGGGAUGGGGUGGGGGUGGGCAGGAUUCGCAUGGGGGGAUGUCAUAGGGGGAGAUCACGUGCCCCCUUUAGCUGGUGCCCCGCUUUGUGUCCCUCCCAUGAGUCGCCCAGCCUUGAGCAAAUGGUCCCGUGGCCUGCCAGCCCUCCAGCUGGGUCUGCCCCGUGGCUGCUGGCAUUCUGGGGAGGCCAGUCAGGAACAGAUGGCCCACUGGCUGUGUAGGACGGCAGUCUUGCACCUCAGAAACGGUUGUGUUAAGUGUGGGAGUCAUUCCUUAAUCAGGUGUUCUCUUCAAGCCCAGGGAGAUUGCUUUGGGCUCCAUUAUGCCCUCAGUCUGCGAGCUCUGUGCACACACCAUGUAGUUGCUCGCCUGCUCGUGUCUUUGCCUGGAGCAAUGGGCAGAGCCCGGGCGCAGCGUCCUAGCUACUGGUGGGUUACAAGGCCAUAUGGCCUAUAUUUCUUUCAGUCCUGCUGUAGGUGACCACACCAGCCUGGUUCUGAUGGGCAUGGGCGUCCCAUUUCUGGCAUCUGCGUGCUCUGCUGUGUUGCUCAGGGUUGGCAUCUCCUUGGCCCUGAAUCCCACCCACCCAGCUUGUUCUCUGCAGCAGGUGGCAGAAUUGGGAGCUUGGACUCUGGGAACAGCUGGGAUGUACAUGUGUGAUGCCAGCCCCUGGUAUGUAGACUGCAUGCCCAUUCCCAACAGCUGGGAGCAACUUAGUGCACUCUCGGGGCUGCCUAAACAGCUGCUUCUCUGCACUGUGCUGCAAGGAGCGGUCAAUCCGUGUGAUCCCAAAUGUGUUCGCUGUGGUGCUGAGUUUGGCCUAGGAGCUGAGGGUGCUGCUGUGGGUGCACAUGUACCCCAGCCUGCACCCCCAGUAACACUGAACUUCGCAGUGUGCUGCAUCCAGGACCAUAGGAGGGUCCCUGUGACAUGGGCCCUGCAGAGGAGGGAAAUAAAUGCUAGGGUCUGAGUCCAUGGCCCUAGCCCGUGUGGGAGGAGGGAGCGCAGGUCCCGUGUCUGUGCCAUACAGCACUCUAUGGCCCUGGUAAGGGAAUGGGUUGGGAGGGGCUGGUGGGAGAGUCAGGGGUGUUGGUACAAUGGCUGGAAGUCGGCUGAGUGAUGUGAAGUGUGCAAGGCUCCCACCUUCGCCCUCUCGGAGGAGACUGUUUGUGGUGUGCGUGUGUGUUUUUUAGUCUAUUUAUAAGUGGAUAGAAAUGUGCUUUCUGCUUCGGUGAAUGGUGUGCACUCCCCAGGUCACCCCCCCAGAUCACCGCACUGGCCAUUCACACUGACCCCCUAAGAGAGAAUUGGGAGCAAAUCUACAGAGUUUGUGCUCUGCCUCCAGCCUGGCCUGUCGCCCAAGACUAACGUAACCUGCAGGGCCAGCUGCCAUGCUCCCACCGGGGUACAGGCCAACCAGAACGCACCUGAAGCAGGCCAGCAAAACUGAUGUCCUGUUGUUAUUGCUGACAAUAAAAGUUUUGAACAACAAGCGGCGUGGUCUGAUUAUGUGGGGGAUGUGGUCCUUGCUGUCUGUCACCCAGGUUUAUCACAUAUCCAGCUCUGAGUUAGAACCCUUUGCUCCCCUGAGGUGAUCUGGAAAAGCAGACAAAUAGUGGCACUGUACCUGUCUCAGCUGCUUUGUGAUGGAGAGGCAGCAUCUCGGACUGGGGGUUUAUUCCUGGCUCUGCUGCUUCCCAGCUGGGUGACCUUGUGCAAGACCUUGUGCCUCAGUUUCCCGUUCCCACCUUUUCUCAUGUCUGUUUAGAAAUGCUCUUGAGGACAGGGACUGUCACACGGUGUCUGUGCGGCGCCUAGCACAAUGGGUUAUUGAUUUCAGUUGGACCCAUGAUGCUAGCAUAAUGCAAAGGAGGCCUGACAAGUUACGUGAGAGAUCCUGGCCUGCUGUACCCUGGGUUCUGGAGAGUUUCUGGCAUCACACAGGUCAGGGGCUGUGAUUUUUUUAAAACCUGGAGUACUGGGGUUCUACCCCCUUCACAGAUCCUGCUGUCCCUGGUAUCUGGCCCUGAGCACCGUCAGUAGAAGCUCAGUGGAGCCGACUGUCUCAGCACACUGCUGUCUGGAUGGGGGUGAUACAUGAAGGGCUCGUGUUGUACAGUGGGGUUUCUGCUGGAAGUGUCCAUUUGGAGGUGGAAUAUGCAAGAAUCAUCCCUUAGCUGCUUUUCAUUCUCUGCACCAUUUCAGCUCAGUACAUGGGAAACAGUCUUAAAAUCACUCUGUCACGCUGGCCUGUCUACCUCCAGCCCCCGCAUUUCUGUCGCUGUGGGGCUUUACUUUCUACUCAGAUGCUGCCCCAGUAGGGUACAUGAGGCUUCAGAUCAAAGAAGCGUCCUGGGAAAUGCUAGGGAAUGGAUGCAGUGUGACUGACACCUGGAGCAGAGCAGAGCCAGGCGCUGUACCAGCCAAGCAGUGAGGUCUGAAAGCCCCCUGCCUGAGUGCCCAACACCUGGCUAUGGGCAUUUCCCCCUUCUGUAUCCUGGUCAGGGAGAGGAUCCCUAGAGCAAACGCCCUUCCCACACUCUGCUAAGUUGCCUUCACUUAUUUCCUGAGCUCUCCAAAGGGGCAUCCCAAACCCGCUACAGAGGCCCUUUGAAAUUCAUUCCCCUGAGUGGAUCUGGCAGGCCGGGGCAUAGACCUGCUCUUCUCCCUAGGGCCUGCGGGAGCCUUGCCCGUUCCCGAGCCUGCAGGUUUCACUGUGGCAGCUUCGUCGUCUUUCCCUUGUUUGCCAUGGAUGCAGAGAAGCAGCCCUGUAAGGUUCUCUCUCUACAGCAGUGGUCCCCAACCUUUUUGUGGCCAGUAGCACAUUCAUGUUUUCAGAAGACUGUGGUGGGUGUCAACAAUUUUUCAAGGCUUAUUUU